UCAUAAAAAAACCCGGUACACACUCCAUUCACAUUUCACCGUAUCUGUUUCCCCUAUUUCACGCUCUCCUUGUUUCUCUUCCUUUCACUCAAAUCAGGUCUCCUUCUUCCUCCUCCUCCUCACUCCGAAGAACCCUAAUUUUCUGCUCGCAAUCUUCCUUCGCUGAUCCAUGGCGACAUUGGACUCCGACGUGCCGAUGAUCCCGGUAGGUGAGGGCUCCAGCUCUGCAGGUCCUUCCUCGACUAAGAGGCCCAAGCGAUUUGAGAUCAAGAAGUGGAACGCCGUCGCUCUCUGGGCCUGGGAUAUUGUUGUGGAUAAUUGCGCCAUUUGCAGGAACCAUAUUAUGGACCUCUGCAUCGAGUGCCAAGCGAACCAGGCAAGCGCUACGAGUGAGGAGUGUACUGUUGCUUGGGGGGUUUGUAACCAUGCCUUCCACUUCCACUGCAUAAGCAGAUGGCUCAAGACUCGUCAAGUGUGUCCCUUGGAUAACAGCGAGUGGGAGUUCCAGAAGUAUGGUCACUAGAAUCUUUCAUCUGGUUCAGUGUUGGAUUUUCUUUGCACAUUGUCAAAUUCAGAUCUGCGGUGAACUUGCUGCUUGGACAAUGUCAAGGAGGGUCUUAUACCUUUUGUCUAUCCUUCCUAUUUAUAUGUAUUUUUGUGCUUUAUAUGGAGUUGUUGCUACUGGAACCCAUAUAUUUUUGUUGAGCAUUUAGCUGCACACAGUAUGGAUUGUGAAUUUGCUAUUGUCAAAGGUCAACUUCAUUGUGCUCUUACUAGCAUUUUGAAUUAUGCUAUAACUUUUCACCCAUAUUGAGGUUGGUUUCUAUUAGA